AGUACAUAAAAUUAUUAGAAAAACAAGAAUUACAAAACAAAAGUCGUAAUAAACUUUCUAUAAAAUGACGAUACCAAAGCCAGGUUUGGGUGAAAAGAAAGACAACGAAGAAAAUGAAGCGUUUGACAGUCCAGAAGUUGUCAUUGGAGGAAGUUUGCCUGAGAAGAAAGACGAGCCUGCUCCAUUGGCAUUGAUCCCCCCAAGGCAGCCAUUGGUGGUAAGACGUAGCAGGUUUAUGAACCUCUGUGUCCUGAUCGCAGCCCUGAUUGUCCUGACCAUUGGUACAAUUGGUGGAAUCUAUCUUUACAGGCACCUUGCACAUAGCAGAAACCGCAUUGGUCGCUGUGGAGUUAACUACUAUGAGGAAACUCAAGAGCCAGUUAGUGAGGCCUUCUUCCAGGAAAAGUCACAUCACAAAGGUCACGGCCACCACAAGGCGCACAAACACAGAAAGCACUUUGGACAUUUCUCAGAAAUGACUGAGAUCACAGACCAGUAUGAGAAGAUUGAUGUCCCAAUGUUUGAUGAAGUCUCAGCUUCUACUGUACUACAUGACUUUGAAAGGAACUUGACGGCAAUAGUUGACCACCAAGACCAGAGCUGUUUUGUUAUGAAGUUGAACAGGACUGAAGUGAAGCCUCCUAAAGGAUUCUGGGAUUUGAUCACCAAAAUGAGGGAUGGCUAUUACCUGCCCAAGGCUAGAGUUGUUAGGAGAUUCUAUCGUGUGGUUACCCCAAGAAUAUUGGAUCCAUUUGACCUUGGAGUUUACAUUGGGGCAGAGUGUAUGGACUAUUCCACAUUUAGACUGAAAAAGAUCACACACCACAAAGUCCUCAAGAGGUCUGCUGACAACGAGAGCAUGAAAACAUUUGCCUACUUUGCCGGGGGUGAACUGAAAGCAAAGCACAAGAACAAAGUUGAGCCAAUCGUCGCCAAGAUGAUCGUCCAUGGAGCGUAGAAAUAAAGAUGUCGAUCCAAUACACAUAGUUGAAGUUCAUAUACUUGAUUCAAAAAGAAAUAUAGAGAAACAAUCAUAAAUAAAUGAGCAAUUAUUUGAAUGCUCAAUGGAGAAAAAAUUUGAAUACUUGAUGAUUAUAAUGUGCAGUGAGGUGGAGCCAUCUAUCACUAUGGCUUGAACUAUUAUAGGUUGCCAUGGAUUUUCAUACAUUUUUCAUUUUUUUGAAUAUUUUUACCGAAAAUGUCAGACUUGUGCAACACUGUCAUCUGGUAAUUAUGUUAAUAUGACACACAUGAAAAUGUUUGAAAGAAACAUGAUAAUUGUGUGAAAAGAACAUGCCAACCCUUUGUGUAAAUACGAUUGACUGACAAUUCAAUGUCCAAUCUAGGGACCUUAUAUCUACCAAUAUUAUAUGAAUGUAUAAUUUUUUUAUUUUUAAUUGACAUGUACAAUACAAAAGGGUCUCAGAGAUUUAUGUUCCCAUGGUGAUCUUUACUUUCAAUAUUGACAUUUGAAAUUCCAAUGUUGACAUUUGAAGUAACAAUAUUCCCAUGGUGAUGUGAGACCAUCUAACAUGAAUGUCUGAUUGAGAUUGUGAGUAACAUGUAAGUAAGAAAUAAUGUAAAUAUUUACACUAAAUAUAUUUUCAAUCUGAAGGUCACACUAAGUAUUCCAUCAUGGGGCUCCUUUGUUUCAUGAUGUUUAAUGCACUGUGAUUGGUCAAAUAAUGUCACAUGACCCUGAAUGAUGAAUUGUGACUUGUUAGAUGAGAUCUUUCAAAUGCAGUGAAACUGGUCUAUUCUACAAAUAUGUUAUUGAUCGUUCUAACUGGUACUUGUACCUAUUGUUGUUUGCAAUAUAAUAUUUUGAAUCUACAAUGGAGUCUCUGUGAUAUUGUACAUAGGUGAUCUUCCUUUAUGCACUCUUGUAACAAUACAUGUAUAGUUAUUUAGAUAUCACCAUGGUCAUGCUUAUGAAAUUAGAAUGGAAAUGAAUUGAGACACAAACCAAUAGACAAGUAAAUAUUCUAAAUAUUAUUGGAUUUAAUAGGGUGAUCUAGGGUUGGCCCUUUUUUGACCAAACUCUUAAUUUGUCCAAUUAGUCCCCUGGUAGUACAAACUCUAACAACAGAGAAAAACUAAGAAAAAGUAAACAUUCUAAAUUGAAAUAUUCCUAAAUGAGAAAUCGAGUGGAAUAAUCAUGACCAAUAGAGUGGAAUAAUCAUGACCAUAGUGAUAUUGUGAUAAAUGUCUUCAAUAAGAGAAAUUCUAUUUAAGCGGGUCAAUUUACAAUCUUAUUAAUAUAAGCUUUUUAUUAACAUCUGCUGUUAUCAAAGUUAUCACAAUUUAUGUCAUGUUUUAAAA